GAUAAACGACUUAAUGAUUAUCCUGUCUAUCUUAUCCACAAUAAUAAUGGACGAAAUUGGUCUUGACAACUCAACACGGACCACUCCAAUAACCACCGGCACCUCAACUCCCAAUAAUCAUGUUAGCGCAUCAAAUGUUAGUGUAGAAAGAAACUUUAAUCUCUCAACCGAAUCUCAAGGGACUUCUCCAAUUUUUGCUAAUGCUGAAGAAUUCGAACAACUAACUCUCUCGGCUGAUAUUGCUGAAGAAUUCGAGCAACCAACUCUCUCGGCUAUUAAGGCUGAGGAAUUCGAGCAACUAACUCUCUCGGCAACAGAAGCAUUGAAAACGAAGUUGAAUGCUUUAGAUGAUUUUACUUUUAAACGUAAAAAUUCUGUACAAGCUGCAAGUAGUCGAAUUUUCUCCCGGCCUGAAUCUCCAAUGAAAAAAAAAAAUAAUUCUGAGGCUGGUUAUUCUUCUUCAAAUUUAAGAAAACAUAAUUAUGAUGAAUUUGAUAGUGAUUUUGCGGAUUGGUCAAUAGAGGGUACAGGAAGAAGAGUCGCUUAUGAAGAUUUUACUACAAUAGAGCGUGCUCGCCAGAGAACAUUACGACAACAAAAUGGUCUAGUAGGCCAAUUGAGACUUAUUUUUGACGCUAUGGAAGGUUGGAUCGUUGUAUUAGCUGUUGGUGUGAUAUCAGGAAUUCUUGCUGCCGUUAUUGACGUAACGUCGGAAUGGCUUAGUGAUUUAAAAGAGGGGUAUUGUAAAACCGCAUUUUAUCUAAAUAGAAAAAAUUGUUGUUGGGGUUACAAUGAUGAUCAUGCUUCAUGUGUAGAAUGGGUUAGAUGGACCACGGCGCUUCAGGCAAAAUCUGCGACUGCUGAAUUUUGGACUAAUUAUUUAUUUUAUAUAAUAUUUUCCACAACUUUUGCUACAAUAGCGGCCUUCCUUGUAAAAUGCUAUUCUCCUUAUUCUCCUGGUAGCGGUAUACCUGAAAUCAAGACUAUUCUUGGUGGUUUUGUUAUCAGGAAAUUUUUAGGUUGGUGGACUCUAAUUAUCAAGAGUAUAGGCGUGUGCCUUAUUGCCGCCUCAAGCUUAUGUUUAGGUAAAGAGGGUCCGUUAAUUCAUUUAGCCUGUUGUUGUGGAAACAUCAUUCCUCAAAUAUUUCCAAAAUUCAGAUACAAUGAAGCUAAAAAACGUGAAGUAUUAUCUGCUGCCGCAGCUGCUGGUGUUUCAGUAGCUUUUGGUGCUCCGAUUGGUGGUGUUCUAUUCAGUCUAGAGGAAGUAUCGUAUUAUUUCCCAUUCAGAACUAUGUGGAGAAGUUUCUUUUGUGCCAUGGUUGCAGCAGUAGCUCUGGCAUCUAUGAAUCCAUAUAGAACAGGCAAACUCGUACUUUUCCAGGUUGUUUACGACCGAGAUUGGCAUGGAUUUGAUUUAAUCUUUUUUUCAUUAUUGGGUAUAAUGGGUGGCCUUUAUGGUGCUUUGUUCAUUCGCAUGAAUCUGAAAGUUGCAGUUUUCCGUAAAGACUCGUGGCUACGUUAUUUUAGUGUACAAGAAGUAAUAGUCAUGGCCUUUUUUACUUCUAUCGUGAGUUAUUUAAACAUUUAUAUGAGAGUCAAUCCAUCUGAACUAGUUGCGAAUCUCUUCCGUGAAUGUGAAGGAGGAGACUAUCAUAGUUUAUGCAAUUAUACCGAUCACUGGGAACCGACUUUGUUGCUUUUAAUUGCAUCCUUUUUAAAAUUCUUUCUUACAACGGUAACGUUUGGUUUGAAAGUUCCGGCCGGUGUAUGGUUGCCAUCUAUAGCAAUAGGUGCCUGCUUUGGCAGAGCUGUUGGAUUGAUGGUUCAUGCUUGGCACAGACAUUAUCCUGGAUUUUGGCUUUUUGCAUCAUGCGAACCUGAUACCGAGUGCAUUACACCGGGAAUGUAUGCUAUGGUCGGUGCAGCUGCUACCUUUGGGGGAGUUACACGCAUGACAGUAUCGCUUGUUGUUAUUAUGUUUGAACUGACUGGUGCACUGACCUAUGUUUUACCUAUUAUGAUCGCUGUAAUGAUAAGUAAAUGGGUUGGCGAUGCAUUUGUUAAGGAAGGUAUUUAUGAUGGAUGGAUACGUAUCAAUGAAUAUCCGUUCCUGGAUAGCAAAGAAGAUUAUGUAUAUAAUACAUUAGCAUCUCAGUACAUGACUCGAGUAGAAGACUUGAUGGUAAUAACGGCCACAGGUCAUACUUUGGAUAGUUUGGAUGAAUUACUUAAUGAUACAGAUUAUAAAGGUUUUCCUGUAAUCAACAAUGUAAAGAAUAUGCUACUUACUGGAUAUAUAUCGCGUUCAGAACUGCGAUAUGCAAUAGAUAAAGCAAAAAAAAAACCGGGAAUUUCAUUAAUGAGUCCCUGCUAUUUCUCUAGCAAUCUUCCACUACUUGAUUCAACUGCUUUCAUCGAUUUUAGACCAUGGAUGGAUCAAACUCCAAUUACCAUAUCUCCAAAGUUUCCAAUGGAAAUGACAAUAGAAUUAUUUAGAAAAAUGGGCCUUCGAUAUAUUUUAGUUACUAAAAAUGGACAACUUCUUGGUUUAAUCACUAAAAAGGAUGUUCUACGUCAUCUUUCUGCUAUUCGUCACCCAGAUAUUGUGAACACCGAGGAUUCUCGAGAACAACAAAACUAUAUGAUGUUAUCAGAACGUAGAAUGUCUGGCCUUACUAAUGAUUUUGGAACAGUUUAA